UCUUCCCUUUUUCUCUCGUCCCUCCCAGCAGCAGUUCAGUGAGAUCCAGGAGAAAGGAGGAGUGUAGCAGCUGGGAGAACCUUGAGAAGCGGCCAAGGGACUCGAGGACCAGGCGAGGGGCUGCUGCAGACCACACCGUGCGGGGGCUUGGCUUUGUUUUACCCCACCCCCCCACGAGAUAAAUAAACAAAAAUCUUACCCCCGCGUCUGUGUAAAAGGGCUUUGACGUCUGGACUUGCACCCCUUCGGCUGCAUCACUGCUGGGAACCGCGCGCUACCAGGAACCGUCUACCUGCCGGACUCCCAGGAGGAUUUGGCUUGUGUGUCUUGGAGAGAGCUUGUCCGGCGAGGAUGGAUCUCUUGCACCUCUUACGGCUGCUGCUUACCACCUGUGUGUUCGGCCUGUCCCAGACAAUCAACCCCUUUGUGGUGCAGCAAACUGCAUCUGACCCUUGCUACGAUGAGAACAGCGCCCCCCGGCGCUGCAUCCCCGAGUUUGUCAAUGCUGCCUUUGGGAAGGAAGUGCAGGCCUCCAGCACGUGUGGGAAGCCUCCCACUCGCCACUGCGAUGCCUCAGACCCUCGCAAAGCCCACCCGGCAUCUUACCUCACGGACCUCAACACUGCCUCCAACAUGACGUGCUGGCGCUCCGAGAGCCUGCACCUUUCCCCUCAGAACGUCACGCUGACCCUCUCCCUGGCCAAGAAGUUUGAGGUGAUUUAUGUCAGCCUGCAGUUUUGUUCGGCCCGGCCUGAGUCAGCGGCCAUUUUAAAAUCUAUGGAUUAUGGCAAGACCUGGGUGCCUUACCAGUACUACUCCUCCCAGUGCCGGAAGAUCUACGGCAAGCCCAACAAAGCCACCGUCACCAAGCAAAAUGAGCAGGAGGCGCUGUGCACCGACGGCCACACAGAUCUGUACCCGCUCACUGGGGGCCUCAUUGCCUUCAGCACGCUGGACGGCCGGCCCUCUGCCCAAGACUUCGACAACAGCCCAGUGCUCCAGGACUGGGUGACAGCUACGGACAUCCGGGUCAUUUUCAGCCGCCCCCAUUUGUUCCGGGAGCUGGGGGGCCGGGACAAUGAGGAGGACGAUGGCGGGACCGGCUCGUCUUCAUACUACUAUGCCGUGGCCUGUAACUGUAACCUGCAUGCCCGGCGCUGCCGCUUCAACAUGGAGCUGUACAAACUCUCAGGCAGGAAGAGUGGAGGUGUCUGCCUCAACUGUCGCCACAACACGGCCGGCCGGCACUGCCAUUACUGCAAAGAGGGGUUCUACCGGGACAUGAGCAAAUCCAUCACAGACCGCAAGGCCUGCAAAGCUUGUGACUGCCACCCUGUUGGUGCAGCUGGUAAAACCUGCAACCAGACCACUGGGCAGUGCCCAUGCAAAGAUGGUGUGACAGGGCUCACCUGCAAUCGCUGUGCCAAGGGCUACCAGCAGAGCCGGUCACCUGUGGCUCCCUGCAUCAAGAUUCCUGCCAUCAACCCAACCUCCGUGGUCACCAGCACAGAAGAGCCGGCAGACUGUGAUUCGUACUGCAAGCCAGCCAAAGGCAACUACAAGAUUAAUAUGAAAAAAUACUGCAAGAAGGAUUAUGUUGUCCAAGUGAAUGUCUUAGACAUGGAGACAGUGGCCAACUGGGCUAAGUUCACUGUCAACGUCCUCUCGGUCUACAAGUGCCGCGACGAGCGCGUGAAGCGUGGUGAUAACUUCCUGUGGAUCCACAUGAAAGACCUGGCCUGCAAGUGCCCCAAGAUCCAAAUCAGCAGAAAAUACCUUGUCAUGGGGAUCAGCGAAAACCCCACUGACCGGCCAGGACUCAUGGCCGACAAGAACAGCCUGGUCAUCCAAUGGCGGGAUGCCUGGACCCGGCGCCUGCGGAAACUGCAGCGGCGGGAGAAGAAGGGGAAGUGUUUGAAACCAUGAUGGGUUUUGUGUCUGUCCCUUACUAAAGUUCCCGCCCUAUGCGCAUUCUUCAGACUGUUCCUCAGAGACUCUGUAUAUUUAUAUAGCGUGAACAGACUCUCCUGUCUAUAGUGUAUAUUUGCGAUGGGUUCCUUUGUGUGCGUGAAGGCCCGGGUGUGCCUGGGUGUGUGUGUGUCCUUAAUGUUGAU